AUGGAAAUGUUCAGAGAAGGAGGAUCAACUUCCAGACCCCCCAUGCUGGAAGGUUCUAACUAUCCCUAUUGGAAGACAAAGAUGAGAGUUUUCUUGAAGGAUGUGGAUGAACGAGUCUGGAUGGCAGUUGCCGAAGGUUGGUCACCUCCUAUUGUUACUGACGAGGAAGGAGACAAGAUCAAAAAAUCCAGUGAAUGGACUACUGACGAAAUGGAACGAGCUAAUUUCAAUUCCAAAGCUCUACAUGCCCUCUUCAAUGCUGUCUCUACUAAUCAACUGAAAGUUAUCUCGAACUGUGAAGUUGCCAAAGAUGCUUGGGAAAAGCUGAAACUCAAGAAUGAGGGAACCGAUGCUGUUAAAAAGGCUCGACUUCGAUCUCUAGCAAAAUCCUUUGAGAAUCUGUCAAUGGAGGAAGAUGAAUCCGUCUCAGAAUUUCAUGCUAAGCUGUGUGACAUUUCUAAUGAAUCCUAUGCUCUUGGCAAAACUUAUUCCAACAAGAAAUUGGUGAGAAAGCUACUAGGUGUUCUUCCAAAAAGAUUCAUGUCCAAAGUAACAUCUAUUGAAGAAAGCAGAGAUAUUGAAGCACUUGAUCUAGACGAAUUGAUUGGGUCACUCCAAAAUUAUGAGUUAACUCUUGAGAGAUGGGAGAAAGGGAAGAAAACCAAGAGUUCUGAGAAGGAGAAGAUCGAAAUGGGAGUUGCUUUCAUCCAUAAGGAAGAGAACUCUAAGGAAGUUGAUUUGUCUGAAUCUUUUACAGAUGCUAAUCUGGCCCUUCUGGCAAAGAAUUAUGCUCGAUUCUUAAGAAGAACUUCAAGAAAUCUAAUCCUGGCAGAAUGUGCAAAUACUCUUAAGAAAAAGAAGGCCUUGGCUGUCACAUGGAGUGAUAGUGAAGAAGAAGAGGCUAGUGAUGAAUCGAAGGAUGAUAAGUUUGUAAUGGCAUUUAUGGUCAAGGAAUCUGUUCCUGAAGAAGUUGAGGGAGAUGACUCCUUGUCUGAUUCUGAAUCAACAGUUGAUGAGAAAAAUAAGGCUUAUGAGGAAAUGUUUGCUCAAUGGGGCUAUAUGGCUAAGAGAGUGAAGGAACUACAGGAUUUGAACAAAGCUCUUGAUGAUAGUAAAUGUGAACUAGAAGAUAAGCUCAAGAAGAUGACAUUGGAGUUGUGUUCCAAAGAUAGUGAGAUAUACAAAUUGACUUCUGAACUUGUGAGAGCGAAGCAAUCCCUUUCUCAUGUUCCCUCGGGCACUGCUGCCCUGAAUCAAGCUCUCCAAAAUCAGAAGCCGUAUGGAGACAGAACAUCUAUUGGAUACAAACUGUUAUACAAUCAAGGGCAUGAUUUGACUAUUGAAGAUAACUCAGCUUCAUCCUCUGGUGAUAAAAUAAAGUUUGUGUCUGCCUCUCCUACCAUCAAGGAUGAUCAACCAGAGAUAAAACCUGAUGAAUCUAAGCCCAACUCUGUCAAAAGAGGUCCUAUGAGUGAAAAAUCAAGAGUCAAACAGGUUGAUCGAUUUGUUCCAACGUGUCACUUCUGCAAUAAAAGAGGACACAUCAGGCCAAGAUGUUACAAACUCCGAACUUACUUGACAAACUUUAUCAAUAGGAAAUCUGGCCAAGGUAAUUUCUCUUUUGCCCCUCAACAUGGAACUAAGAAGUAG